AUGACGAGCUGGUGGAGGAAGACGUCCCGCUAUCUCUCGUCUCAUUCCAACUUCUUUAUCGUCACUGGUGGCCUCGUCGGCGGCGCCUAUCUCGUCUCCCAAUACGCCAUCUCCAAAUUUCAGCAGAUCCAGGAGAAGCUCACCAACGACAAGAAUGCAAAGGAGAAUCUCCGUCGAAGAUUUGCUCAGAAUCAAGAGGAUUGCACAUUUACCGUGCUCGCCCUUCUCCCCACGCUAGGCGACCAACUCUUCAACAAACACAAUGUCGAGCAGCUCACAGAAAGCCUCCGAUCCCAGGCUGCACCUUCAGUCGCAACCCUCUCCACUCAACCGAAUGGUCACAACCCACCUCUCGACCAUGACCAAAGCCCAUCUGUACCCAUCGCCACAGACCCGCAAGUAGCGCAGCAAACAGAUCAACAAGCAGAACCGCCGAUCGUGGCACCACACUCUCCGUCCGACGCAACGAGCAAGCCGGCAGCAACGUCUCCGCAGCUCAAUCCUCUCGCAAAGUCUUUUGUCCCAGGCAAUUUCGGAGCAUCCGACGCACAAUCAGCACCUCUCGCAACCGAGUCCGGUACAACUGCGCCAGUCGAUAGUCAAAUUAAUGGCGCCACAGGCCUCGAAGCCGCUGUGUCACCUCAAGCAGGCUCAAUACCGACCCCCGCCGCUGUGCCCACAGAGCCUGCGGCAUCGAGCACUGACCCAUCACAGACGAUCCAGUCGGAACCAUCGCACGUCGAUGCGCAAGAGCAGCGCAAUAAGAUCCUUGCUGACAGGCAAGCAAAGCUCAAGCUCUGGAACAAUCUCAAAUUGACCGCUUUCACUCGCACUGUCACCUCGCUCUACUGCGUCGUUCUCUUGACGCUUCAGACCCACAUCCAGCUCAACCUCAUCGGCAGAUUCGCCUACCUUGCUUCCGUACAAGCUUUGGCUCACGACUCAGAUGACGCAUACCUUGACGACCCCUCGCACACUUCUCGUGGUCUCGACCACGACACCGAACGCCUAUAUCUCACCUUCAGCUGGUGGUUCCUGCAUCACGGUUGGGAUCGCCUCUCAGAUCGUGUAUCCGCAGCCAUCGAAAAGUCUUUCGCGCCUCUCUCUGUCAAGGCACAGCUUUCCAUGGCCGAUAUGAGGGCGCUCCUCAACGACGUCCGCUAUCUCAUCGAACACGAGACUCCCAACACAACACAGUCCAACCACCAGUCCGAGUGGAAACGCUCCAACUUCAUGGACAUCCUCUUCCCCAACUCGGUCCAUGAAGAGGUCGACGUUCUCGUUGGCGCCGGCGCCCUCGACGCCGAUGACGCUAACUUCGCCCUCGCUUCCAAUCACAAGUUGCGUGCAUUGCUCGACGAGACAAAGGACAUCAUCGAAUCGCCGGAUUUCGCCACAGUCCUCGCCAUCUGCAUCGACCGCGUCUUCGAGACCUUUUUCAACAGUCUCAACCCCACCUUCGGCAUCCAGUCCUCAGGCAAGCUCGAUUCUUCUAUCCACGUCGAACCUCUCUCUGCCCUCGAGUCUCGCUUCCAAGAAAUUACCGAAGAGAUGCAGCACGGCAAGCGUGUCCGUUUGGCUUCUCUCUUCCCUCUCGUCUCGCGUCAGAGCCAGAUGGCCAUUCGCGGCGUCCCUAACGAAUACAUUGAGGCACUCGCUGACUCCAAGGAGCUCCGCGCUUUCUCAGCGGUGCUUUACGCCGCUUGGUCUUCCUUGUAA